AUGUACCAUUUGGUAAAGUCACUCUAUCUGCACGCGACAAGCAAGGAAGAGUAUUCCAUUCUCCUUCUUGGACUCGACAACGCCGGAAAGACAACACUGCUCGAGCAGAUCAAGGCCCUCUUCAGCCCGCACCUUCACCCAAAACUUAAUACCGUUCCCACUGUCGGCCAAAACGUCUCUACCGUCGACUUGCCCGACAUUUACCUCAAGAUUUGGGACGUCGGCGGCCAGCACUCGCUAAGAGGACUAUGGCAAUCCUACUACAGCAGCUGUCAUGCUAUCGUCUUCGUCAUCGACAGCACCGAUGUGGGUGAUGGCGACAUCGAGCACCUCAGCAAGAAUCAAGAUACCGUCGAGGACCAGGGAAGACUGGACGAGUGUAGGCUCGUGCUGGAAAGCAUUCUACAAAACGGAGAGACCGAAGGCGUCCCUCUUCUCGUCCUGGCAAACAAGCAGGAUCGGGAGGACUGUGUAGAAGUUGUCCGCAUCAAAGAAGGCCUGGUGCGCAAAAUCGUCGAAGGUGAAAAGGGAGGCAGUGUCAGAGACAGCAGAGUCCUCCCCUUGAGUGCCUUGACCGGCACAGGUGUCAAGGAAGCCGUCGACUGGCUCUGCAGCAGAGUCAAGUGGAACAAGGAAGCCAGACCACCUGCUCUACGUUGA